AAGUGUACUACACCGCACCGCCUCGCAGGUUUUCGCUGCGGCGAAGCAACCAACCGACCAGAGAGGAACAGGAGAGGAGGAAAGGCUUACCCCACCGAAGCUCGAGUCUCUGUUCGUCGAUCGACCGCCGGCGGGGAUCUGGUCUCAUCUCGCCGCUGUCCGGACUCCAGAGUGAUUCCGUGUUCUUGAUUUCUUGGGAGGCCUCCCCCCCAAAGAUUGGGUCUUUUUUGGAGGAGCCAAAUCAGGGCUUCGCGUCGCAGUUUGGUUCAAGAUCGAGAGGAACAGCGUUGGGGGUUCUUGCUUGCCUGCUUGCACUUUCUGGAAGCUUCUGCGGUGUUCCUAGCGGCUGCUGGGCUGGGCUGGGAUUGAGUUGUGUUGAUGCGCUGCGUCUCCGGCGCCACUGCUGCGGUCGCCGGUGCCUACGGAGAUUGCGGCGGUUCAGAUCGCGGCGCCGGCCGUGGGUUGCGGUUCCACUUGCUGUGGCUGUGGUUGGGGAUCGGUGGUGGGGAGUGAGCAGAUGGAAGAAGAUUGCACUUACUGCUCUUGCCACCACUUGAAUUCUCCUUCGAUUAGAGAGUAAUAAUAGCAACCUGGUGCUUCUGAGAGCUGGAUCGAUUCGAGCAGUGGCAAAAUCGGGAGCUUUUUUGAUUUACGAGUAUUUUGUAUUUCUAGGAUUGAUUUGGGCAUCGCAGUGUGUGGCAAGAUUCAAGAUUGGAGCUACGGCGCACCGGCCUCGCAAGGUUGCCGGAGCUGGGGAUGAUAUGCUAAAGAGGGAUAUGGUGCAUGAGAAGGAGCUCGAUCAUCCAUCUGGAGAGUCUGUUGAACUGCUUUGCUGGGGAUUUAGCUUUGUGAUUGAUCUGCCAGGCACGGCACAAUGUCCAGGUGCUUUCCAUUUCCGCCGCCUGGGUAUGAGGCAAAGCCCAGGAAUGAGCAUGAGCACAAGGAUCUGCUAAAAAAGGAAAAACACAAGGACAAGAAGCACAAAAAGGAAAGAAAGGAAAGGCGAAGACGAGAAAGGAGAGAAAAGAGUAGUGAUCGCAGGAAGGAUAAGCAGAUCAAGAAACACAGUAGGGAGAAGAACAAAGAUAAGAUAAAAGACAAGGAUGGGGAUAGAUACAAAAACAAAAGUUUGGAAAAAGAAAUUCAGAAGAAAACAUGCCUUGACAAUGGAAGGCCUGAAGAAAAGGUACAAAAUGAAGUUACCAAGGGUAUUAAACCUAGACUUGAGUUAAUUACCCGAACGAUAGAUCAAGAAGAUCAUGCAAACCACAUAGGCAGCAGUACUAGCAAGUUGCUUCCUCGAAGUACCAAAAGCUUUGGUUCUCCAGGUUCUAAAGAGAAGAAAAGAUCUUUGAGCAGUGUGAUUGAGAAAUCCAGACGAGCUACACAUAUUAAUCAUGGGAUCGUAGAACAGAGUUAUAAUGUUGCCUGUGACAAUGAAAAAUGGAAGAAUGCUAACCUUGGGUCUAAAACUCGAUUACAGAAUGGGAAGAGCCUUCAAGUUGAAUCAGUCGAAAAGCAUGCCAAUAGAAAACACAGCCAUAACACAGUGGAACUAACACAAAGAAGUGCUGAAGUUACAAGUACCAUAACCACGAUUGUAUCAGGUGCAGAGAGAGCUCCAAACGAUGUAACCAUACCAAGCCCAAAUUCUUUGCAGCGAACAGAACAAGUGGACCAACAUGCAGUACUUUAUUCCCAUUUUCCUUAUAGAAACAGUGACACCAUAAGCCCCAGAGGGCUGGUUAAGAUCAAGAAUGGAAGUAAUAACGAUUUCCAUAUCACAACGAAUCAGCAAUUAUUACAGAGUAAAGACAAAGGAGUUAAGGGGAAGGGAAAGACUAAAAAGUUGAAAGCUAAUGAUCACAGGUAUAUUGAAGACAAAGAUCGAGAUCAGGUUGUAAUGAAAAGGAAGGCUAAAGACAAAAUUAAAGAGAGAGGAAAGGUGGGAAAAGUUGAUGUAAAUAAGCAGGAACACAAAGAACUGGAUUCAUUUAGGGCAAGCAAGGAUAAGAUAGAUGGUUUACUACAGUCGGGUCAACUUAAUGAGAAGUUCAUUUCUAAUGAUGUCAAGAAAAGGAAAGACGUUGAUCCUAACACUUCUCUACUUGUGGCAGAGCAUGGUAUGCGAAUGAAUAAAUUGCCAAGGAUAUCUCCUACAAUUCCUUGUGCAAGUGAUGAAAUAUUGGAGCAUUCUCAUGGAAGUAGACCUAGUUCCUCCACAGUACCUGUUGGGGCAAAUACUUCUGAGGCAGAUAGGUUUCAAGAUAGCAAGGAAUGCUGCAAUAAUGAUGUCACUGGCUCACAUCAUCUUAAGGAACCAAAAACUUCAAUUUCUUCAUCCAAUUGCGGAAGCAGCCCAGUCUCUCUGAAACCGCCUCAUCCUGAUGCCAUGUAUCUGAACCAGGUGUACUCUAUACCAGCAAUGGAUGAUUUCUCGGAGUGCAUUGAUCAAGACUGGCUGCUGUCUAGGUGUAGUGUUGACAGGAAAUCGGAGAUAUUGGAAGCUGCACAACCAUCCCAAGUCUGGGCCGAAGCACGGCUGAUCGAUUCUGCCGAUGUAGUUGCGUUGCCUUACAUUGUUCCCCUAUAAUGUGUUGCUCCAUGAUGCCGCAAUGAGAAAAAACUUCCAGAUCUUGUGCUGUGAUCUGGAGCUAGUAUGUUUGGUUUGUUGGCUGCUGGCUGUACACAUCAGGUCAUUCAACUGCUUUAGCAGGUCGGCUCUCGAUGAGAAUUCUCAUCGCACCGGAGAUAAAAGUUUAAAAGUAACAGAAUUCAGCUAUUAUAUGAUGCAAUUGUGGAAGCAAGGAAAGCUGGGAGAUCCUGAUGCUGUACAUCAAACAGCUGAGUUCUGCUCCACAAUUCAUGUGCCAUGUAAUUCUGUCACUUUUAAAUUUGAAACUCUGCUCAUUCAUACCCUUUUCUUUUGCUUGAAGAACAUCUUAGAUUGAGAUUGUUCUGCUCACUUGCCAUUUCAAAAGUAACAAUGCCUAGUUUUGCAUUUUUGUGCCAUACUUUUUCCUUCUUCCUGCAAACGUAUUGCCUGAUCAAUAAUCCCAUACA